AUGUUGCGUGUCGUGUUACUCCUGUGUCUUAUUACAAUCACAAUCGGCUUCACAACGGAAAAGUCAUUCGCGGAGAGGUUAGACAAACUCUACGAGAAACUAGAGAAGUUAACAGUUGCGCCCGAGUCGAACGGGGAGGCUCGCAAGUUGUAUGAGAAAUUGGAUAGAUUUAACUCGAUAACCCCGAAUCGGGCAUUGUCCGAGGAUGAGGAACUGCUCUCCGCUAUGCAAAUCUGGGGGAGCAUGAGCGACGAACAGCUUCAGGGGCUGUUGAGAGAGAUCCAGCAGAUUAAGGAGGAGAAAGGCGAGAAGAUCAUAGAAGAUUACGGUGACGCUGACUGGAAUGACGACGAUGAACUAUCAGAUGGGGAUUACGCAAAUGACGUUGGUGAAGAGUGGGAUCCUAUUGAAGAAGAGAUUAGCUCGACUGCGAAACCUAACCUCGCUGUAACCCCGUCGGCCUUCACCCGGUUAGACGGAUACAGACAUACUAUUGUGUCCGCCGUGGAUCCCAUUGCCGCUACUAAUGAAAGGCCGAGGAUUUUGGAUGAUUCUCAGUCUACUGCCGAGGAGAGGAGGGAACUUCGCAAAGCGGUAAUUUCCAACAUGGGCGCGGUCGUACGCGCUGCCAAAUGCCUCAUUCCCCAACCGAGGUGGCUUACCGUGAGAAAACUUGCGCCUGCGGCGGAUACAGUAUACAUGCCUCCCUGCGUCCAGCUGCACCGCUGCGCGCCAGACUCGGGCUGCUGCUACAAUGAAGACGAGGUCUGCGCGCCGGUUGAUGGAAAAUAUGUCGCUAUACCUUUCUUCUUAAACAAAGCUGAUGGAAAUCUGACAGCAGCGCGAAUGUUGUUCUUCAACCACACGAAAUGCGCAUGCGUCUCAAAGGAAACGCUCCAGAGUACAGCAAGAACGAGGUUAGAGGAACGGCGGGACUCCAGAGAGAGACAGAACGAUUGGAGAGCCACAGAAGAGCCAAGGUUAGAAAGAGACGAAGAACAGACCUCUCCGCCACUGUUGCGGAGAUGCACGUGUCCCCACCUCUUUCGCAGUCGAAUAAGAGAUGGCAUUUGCGUCUGUAUCUGCGAUUGGCCAGACAACACAACGAGACGUGACUGCCUCUCUCUAGCACGUGGACGGGAGCACUUCGGCUUAAGAGACAGGGUAUGCAUAGCGCAAGGCAACUGUAACCCACCGAGCUGCGAAUACGGCACGUACGAGAGGCAUUCGGGCCGUUGCCCCCUCCUCCGACGGUACAAGCGAAGGUUUCAUAUGAGGGGGAGAUAUCAGCCUGAUAAGAUAAUUGUGUGA